ACUUAUCAAAUUAACAUUUUGUUAAAAUCAUUGCCCAGCAGGUUAAGCAACUGUAAAGCAAAGUCUUUUUUUUAAGAUUGGACAGACAAUAUUCAUUUCAUUGACCUUUUUAAGGAUAGAUUUUAGCUGUAUAUAAGGUCAAGAUUUUGUAAAAUGUUGAAGAUGCUGUAGGAUAAAGAUAAUUCUAAAUAGUUGUUUAUUCUGUUCCUUACCAUAAUACUAUGGAACUUCUACAGGAUUUUAGAUUGGUUGUGUUGGUUGUUGUGUUCACUUCAUUUGUAGGUUUUUCAAAUAGUGCUUCAAUAGAAAGACCAUCAUGCAGCAAAAAGUAUAUGUUGUUUCAGCCUAGACAUAUAUAUACGUAUGGCUACACAGUUCAUGUAUCCAGUGCAUUUCUGGGAGCAUCAUCAUCCAUGUCAGUGUCCAAGUUGUCAUGCACUGUCACAAUUAAUGUUCCAAGGAGGUGUGAGCACAUCAUGGAGCUUUCAGAUUGUUCAUUGUUGGAAAGAGUUCAAAAAGCAGAAGACACUUACUUAGAUGUGUCAUCUGCUAAACAGUUCCUAGAUGAUCUACAAAGGUACUCGAUUUACUUCCAGAUGAAUAAAGGGAUCAUAAUUGAGGACGGUAUUCUUGCUCAUGAUGAAGAUACCCUACAGGCGUUAAACUUCAAACGUGGCAUCAUUUCAGCCUUGCAGGUUCCCAUUCUUGAAAAAGACGAACACUUAAAUCUGGUUGAUAUUUUCGGAAGCUGUCCAGUAGAUUAUGAAGAAUUGAAGGAAACAUUUUCAGACAGAUCUGUUGUCUCAAAACGAAACCUGAAGAAAUGUAGCCUGGCUAAUAUAUAUACAAAACAUGUUAAUAUAAUACCAGGCCCAUCAAUUGGCCAGAUGGUGGGAGGGGUUUCUGAGCAACCCAUAAAUGAGUUUAUCUAUCCAUUUGAGAUGCCUGUAUCAUGUCAACAUGACAUGAAAGGGGACAGAACACUGGUUACUGCAGACUGUUUACAAAUACAGUAUUUUAAACCACUAGCUUACACUGGAGACUAUCUGGUUACAGCAAUGACAAAUGUCAGUCAGAGGUUAGACUUUAAGAAUUUAGAAGAAAAGAAAUCUCCUAGACCAGACCUGUCCUUAAAUGGACAGUCAGUGAUUAGUAUAAAGUUUGAUUUUGGUGUGGACUUCAAUCGUGCAUCUACUGGAGAAGAGAUCAGAAAUAGUCUUGCAAUAGUUGUGGAGGGAUUAUUCCACUCACAUGACAUUGAAAAGUUUGAGUCUGUGCCUGGGAAGUUUGGGGAUCUGGUAGAGAAGUUUAGAACUGCCACACAAGAUGUGCUGGAAGAGAUCAUGGCAGAAGUGUUAGUUUGUAAGGAUGACUGUGAUGAUAUAAGAAAGCCUUUGGAACAAACGUUUUUCUUGGAUGGGUUGGAAUCAUGUGGAACAGAAGCCUGUAUACAAGUCCUCCUGCUAUGUAUAAAUCAAGGUUAUACAACUGAGUUUGAAACAACAGCUUUCUUACAAGGUCUGAAAGACUUAACUGAGAUAUCAGAAACUUUACUAGAAAAAGUCUUUGAACUUUGUGAAAGCAAAGAUGCAACAACUUGCUGGUUAACACUUGGAACUAUGCUUAGUAAAUUAAACCCUUCUAGUCCAGAGGAUGUCAAGGAAGACAGUGUGUUAUAUAGAGUCCUUCACCACUUGCAUGAUAAAAUACAGAACAACUGUCUGAGUGGUACACUUCUUGAUACAGAAAGACAGCUCAACACUGCUUUAAAGACAAUAACCAAUGUAGGAUAUAAAGUGGUACAGAUGUUUACAGGGAAACUACAAGGGGAGGAAAAAACAUCUGUUUAUCAUACUUGUAUGCUUAACAGGGUGAUUCCAACAUCAUUCAAAAUCAACAUUAUACAGAAUAUAGAAGAAACCUUAUCAGAAACGAAAUAUGCAGAUAUCCCCAAAGAUACUAGGGAUGUAUUUUUUGAGGUACUGAAAGAUGACUCUCAGGACACUACUUUAAGGGCUCUUUCAUUUUCUCUGUUGAUGAAAACAACAGAUGCAGACACCAUCAUUAAUCUUGUGGAUAUAAUGAAGAAGAGUGACAAUACUAUCCAAAUGAAGGCAUAUAUGACUUCAGCUGUUAGAACCUUACUGCAAAAUGAUGCUCCUUAUUUAAAAGGAGUAAGAAUGGCCUGGAAAGAAGUUAAGAAAGAAAAAUAUUUCAAUCCACGUUUCUACGACUUUGAUCAUUUUUCCUCAAGUUUCUCGAAAAGUAUUGCAGGCGGUUACUUCUUCAAGAUCCCAGUAAGUGAAAUGUUUGGUGGUCAAAUUGAAGCAGACUUUAUCUAUGAUCCCUCCAGUAAAAUAUUUUCUACUCUUAAGACAGCCAUCAGUUAUCACUAUGGUGAUGAAAAAUAUCAAUUGUUCCAAUUCAUGGUGAGAGUGAAAGGAUUUGACAUUUUAAUGGAUGCAUUGCUCAAGAAAAUAAACAUGACACCUCAGGAGAUGUUUGACCUUUACAAGUCCUUGAAAGCUAAAGCUCAAGGUCAAGGCGAUGAAAAGUUGGCAAAGUUCCAGCAGAAUAUUGUGAAAGCAGUUGAGAAUAUUCUGAAAGAAGUUAACCAUCCUACUGAACUAGACUUUGACCUUUCUCUAGAUAUUUCUGUGAAGGGUAAAGAGGUGAUGUUUAUAUCUCUAAAAGAACUGAUGUCAAUGAUGAGAGAAAUUCAAGCUAAGUUUCCUCCAAAAACAUCCUUCACUGAAGUCUAUCUGAGGAAACUCAUGUCUGGCAUUACUAAAAGAUUAGUCAAGUCAAAGGAGAUUGUAGGUCUUGUGCGUGAUCUUCCAACAUGUGCAGGACUACCUUUGAACUUGACGGUACAUGCAUAUGGUACACACUUGAUCGGUGAUACAAUACAGUCAAAUUUAGCGUUAUUCUUGGCAGGUGGUAAAAAGGGGAGCCCAACAUUGUCAAUCUCUUCAACCCCAACUGUAAGAUUUUUACACGAGUUACAUGGAGAGUUAGGUGUUCAUAUAGGUACGAGCCAUAGUUCCGGUAUGAAAGCCACCAUAUUGGCCGGUGGAGGUAGAGAGAUUUCUUUGAAGCUAACAUACGGUUAUAGUGACCCAAAGGUUUUUGUUGAAAACCCAACCAAGAAGAAACUGGAGUUUGAGUUAAAAGGAAUUUAUAAAAAUAAGCGUGAUUAUUUACAGAACAUAUUUUAUGCAAGAGGUAGGAUGCAGCUGCACCAUUAUUCAGGGGUGGAGGAAGUUGGAAUAGAUAACUCGGUACAAACAACAUAUAAAGUGUGUAAUUCUGACCAGUGGAUAUCAAUGAUUACGAGAAAAAAGAUGUGUUUUGAGUUUGUCUACCCUGAUGUUGCCACGUCAAAAACUCAUGCUUACUUCCCUUUGUCUGGACCAUUUGAUCUGGAUGUUACAAUUGAGGAUCUUGAAGGUGCCAAUGUUGAUUAUUACACUUUGGUUAUGGAGUAUGAGAGACAAAAAUUGCCUGGAGCUGGAUAUACCGACCAUUUUGAUAUAACACAUAUUGGUACAGAUCAUGCAAUGUCACAGACAAAAUAUGCCUACUGUAACUUUGUUUACACAAGAGAUGACUAUAGCUUGACCAUAGACGCUGAACUCAUAGAUUUCCAUUACACAUAUGCAGCUAAGUUUAGUAACACAUGGCAUAGACAUUUAGCUGACUUUUCAGUGUAUGAAAUGAUAAGCAGAUCUGGUCUAGCCAUUAACGGGUAUUUGUUUCAGGUAUCAUUAAAGGAGGAACAAGAUGUUUCAGUGUUUGAUUAUCGCUGGAAUAUAACAACACCUCAGAUUGGUUGGGAUUUUCAUCUGCAAACAGUAUCUUCAAAAAGUUUUCCUCGCAAAUUUGGUGAUAGAAGUUUUGACAUAUCCAUAAGUUAUUAUUGCACUAAGGAUAUGCCACUUUUGUACAUGUUUCACCUAAUUCCUGCAUGGGCAACAGAAAAUAACGAUGUUACUAAUUUCCGGCUCACAAACAGUUUAGAGAAGGUUAAACGUAGUGACAAAAAACAACCGUUUAAUGGUGCGGUGGAAUUUUAUGGUCGUAAACUUGCCUGGGAUUCUUAUGUUGAGCAGGAUGGCCCAACAACACAUGCACAUAAAGUUUUGACAUAUGCUGUUGACGGUGUUCAGAAAACCGCAGUUAUGGAUUAUUCACACACAUGGGGUCAGUCAAUGAAAGGUUUGACCCUUGACCUGAGUGGGAAUCUGGAUGCUGAGAAUUUCAAUGUCAUAAGUACAGGGUCAUGUACGGCUAGUAAAACUGAAGUUGUCUUGUCAGGAGAUGUUAACUAUCAUAAUAAAAAGGAAGAUAUAAACAUAUCAAGUAGAAAAAGGCGGUCAAGUAUUUAUGAUAGAAUAAAGGCUGCUGAGGAAACUGCUGUAGAUGAAAUUGUGCAAAUAAAGAACAAAAUAUUUGGCCCUCGUAUGGUAAUGGAUGAACCUAAACCUCAGGAAAAUGUGAUGCAACAUCUGAUUCCACUGCAAGAUAAAUAUUUCCCAAAAUACAGUAUAUGGGACCUCGAGGACUGGAAUGCUAAAAUGUUCAUAUCCACACAACUGAAACCUGUAUUUGGUGAAGGAGUUACACCAGGUACAGCCCCAGCUGAAGGACUCGAAGCUACAGGUACAUUCACCGCCCAAUACCCCUGGAACGGAGGAUAUGUCAACCACGAGGAACUUUUUACUAUUGUAACAAAUACCCGUAAUACAUUUACAGAUUUCAGGAUACAACUGAAAGGUGAUAUGAACACCAGUUACACAGCUCUUGAUGGAACACCUGUUCUAAAUGAUGGCAUACCAUUGGUUAUAAAAAGAUUUGGUGAAAUUCAUGCGUACAGAAAACAAGGGAAAAUCUUUGAUUUUGUCUUCAAUUAUAAUGGACCUAAUUUUCAAAAGGAGUAUUCCAUACUGUUUGAUUGGGAUGCCUCAACACACCAUGAUCCCUUAUACCAUGUACGUUCAGUGCAAAGUGGUGAUAUUAUGCCAUUCUGGAAUCAUCAUUUUGAUGAAAAGUUAUUCUAUGAGAGAGGACAUAUCAUUCACAACAUGGACUUCACUCAUGAGAUGUUGAAAGCCAGUAUGGAUUCAGAGUUUUGCUUUGGGCCUCAAGCUGAGGAAUUCUUUCAUCAAAAUGGCUCUGUUUCACUAAAGGUUCUAGAACAGAUGUGGUCGUUUGAUUUUGAGAACAAAGCAAAUACAAAAAGAGCACUUAGUACAAUAUCACCUGGAUCUACCCCUGGAACAUCAUAUAGUUAUAUUUUUAGAUUGCUCGGCCAAAAGGAACUACUUAUCACUGGGAAUAAGAUACAGAAGGAGAAGGAUCGUGAAGAUACGCCAGUAAUGUUAUGGACCACAAAUAUUAAUUUGCAAGGAAGCACACUGAUCAAUGUUUCACAGACCUGGUCCCCUCACUACCAGGAGCAAAUGGAGAAAUCUUUAAGACAGGGUAUGGUAAAAAAGGCUAUGAUGUUGCAAGGAGUCGGGGACCAUAUAAGGGCCAACAUGGACAAACCGGUCUCUGAACAAUCAUUGUUUUUUGUACAUUUUACCCCAGGUGAUAUAAUAAAACAAGCUGUGAUGCCAAAUUUUAUCAGGGGAAUGAAAUUUUGGGGCCGGUUUCUAGGUAAUAUGGUUCCGGUACAGUACCGACCAGACAGUCCUGAUGUUCCUGGACCAGUUAUAGCCCCUAGGUUCUCUAUACUUAUGGAAGCAAUGAAACAAUCUGAACGAAGAGGACCUAAUCCAAUGAUUAGAAAGCUGCAAUUCCUAGAUUAUGUUUUACUGAAAGCUUUUAGCAAACUCUUAUUAAGUGUCAGUGAAAGUGAAUUUCAUAAACAGAAAGUUGAUGAGAUUCUUUCGAAAGCGGAGUAUAGCUAUGUGAUUUCUACAACACCAAUGACUUUUAACAGGAUAUUUGGAUUCCCUACUAUGACAGAAUUUCAUCAACAUGUUUACCAUCAUGCUAAAGAGGCGUUUAAUUUCUACAGACACUAUUACUAUGGAUACAACCCAUCAUAUUAUACAGCAUAUAAAAGUUAUGCUGUAGUCAUUGGAAGGCAUGCUUCAUAUAGGGAGAUCGUUUUUCAGACAUUUGAUGGAAAUUUCUUUAAGAUCUCUGCUGAGCACUCGGCAGAAUGCAGCUAUCUGUUGGCCUCAGAUUUACGACAAAGAAGAUGGUCACUAGUUCUUUCCCCUGCCGGUGUGACCUUGCUGACCCCUGGCAAGACGAUUACAGUUGGAUGGGACAAAAAUGUUUACCUAGAUAAUUGUAAAGAGCCGAGCACUGAGAUAUCUGACGAAACAUUAACUGUUGUAAAGACUGAGGAUGGUAUAAAUGUAAAUACUCCAUUUGGUUUGAGCCUUGAGUUUGAUAUUGUACAUGACAACUGCCUUGUUACCAUUGAUGGUCCAUACAGAAAUGAGACAAUAGGUUUACUUGGUACAAAUGAUAAGGAAAAAUUUACUGAUUUCCGGCUUAAACAUGGAGCUUUGACUAAAGAUAAAAAGCAGUUUGCGGCAGAGUAUGUAGUGGCUGGUCCCCAAAUGUGCUGGUCAAAAGCUGAAGUAGAUGGGACAAAAAGGGUACCAGAAUGUGAUGAUAGAGUUUGUGAGAGAGCAUUUACAAGCAAUUUUUAUAACGCUUGCUAUGAAACUUUCUCUUUCAGAGAUUACUGCAACCUUGUAAACAACAAAUGUGUGCAGCCAUGCCAUGCUGUCCAAGUCUACAUGGAUAUUUGUCAAAAGAAAGGACGUAUUGAUGAGUCAGCAAAAAUAAAAGGAAUAUGUCAGUUUGAACCUCCUAUUGAAGAGGGUUCUAUGACUGGUUCCCUGAAAACAUCAGCUGGUUCUGUAGAUAUUGUAUUUGUUGUUUCACGUCAUGUAGGCAUGACAGAAAACCAAGUUGGAGUUUUAGAUACUGUAUCAGAACUAGCUCUGCUUGAAGCCUGGGACCAGUUCAGUCAAGUUCGACUAGGUGUUGUGUUAUUUGGUGGAAGUGAUGAGGCACCUCAUGUUAUAAGAUUGGAGGAUAAUCAAAACAGGGUUUUUGUUGAUCGGAAUGAUUAUGAUUGGGAUGGACUAGUUGAAGUAAGCCAGCAGAUGACAGAAGGCACAGUAAAUAUAGAUGCGUUUGGUGCCAUACAAGAGGCUGCUCGACUGCCAUUCAGUCCUGUUUCACAAAAAUUAGUCAUUGUUUUAAUGACUAAAGAACAGAGUUCUGGUAAAGCUGCAGACAUUUCAGCUGUGUUAGAUGACCUGAAGGAAAAAGGGAUCACCCUGAAUGUUUUAUCAACACACAAAAAGACCUCUGGCGCUGAAAUGAUUGGAAUUAACUGGGAGGGAAAAACCAUUGGAGUGGAUCCUGGGUAUUUAGGAACAAAAUCACUUCCUAAGAAUGACUACAGUGAGCUUAUCAUGUCUACACAAGGUGCAUUGUGGGAUUUACAUUCUUUUUCCUCCAGUAAUAAUAUAAAUGCAAAGCAAAGAAUGUCUGAAGAAUUACUGACUCAGAUGAAACAAAAUGACAAGAAGUUUUGCCCUGCAGCUUAGACUUUAUCACUGUGAAAAUGAUACAAAUAUUUGUUGCUUGAUAUUUACUAUGAUUAAUAUAUUUCUGUUUAAACAUAUUCAUAAUGGGAAUAGUUCACAGACAUUUCUCUUUUUUUGGAUAUGUGCAAUAUUGAUUCAUUCCAAUGUGCAAUGUUUUAAAUGCUACGUUUUUAGUUCACCAAGCUCAAAGUGCUUAAGGUGAGUUGUGAUGCCUCUGUGAAAUGGAAACUUCAGAAAUGGUCCCAAAGUGGUCCUAUAAUUAUUAAAACUGCUAAAUGAUUUCAGUAUAAGCAAUGGGACAUAACUGCAUGUUUUAAAACAUGAAAUAACUCUUUUUUUUGAGAAUUUAGACAUGUUUGUAUGUGUAUCAAUAUUAAGGCAUUGCAGUGUGCAAAACAUUUAGCAAUUUUUUAAAAGUUCACAAAUAUUGUCAUUUAAAUUACAUACAUGGAUGACAAUGUAUUUAUUAUGUUUGUUUAUUUUAUAUAUUUUAUCAUGUAUAUUAGAUAAUAUAUUUAUGUCCAUAAUUAUGUAUGUACUGUUAUCCUUGUCGAGUUAAUAACUUGAAAUGAAUAAGCCAUGGUUUAUGUAACUUGGAAGGGACAUUGCCCAUGGCAAGUAGAUGCUCACUAUUGAGUCUGAAAAAAGUGUCAUAAGGCAAGGUCACAGUGACUAUUAAUGUAAAAUCCUUGCCAGAUCAAUUUCUUGAGAAUGAAUUAGCCAUGGUUUAUUUACUAUUUAGUAGGGACAGUAGAUGACCCCAUUGAUUUUGAGGCACAGUGACAUUUUUUAUGUAAAAUGUUAAAUCAAUUAGUAACUUAAGAAGGAAUAAGUGAUGAUUUAGUUUACUUGAAAUGGACAAUACCCAUGGCUGGUAAAUGACCCAUACUGAUUUUGAGAUCAGUUGGUCAAAGGUCAAGGUCAUAAUGACUCUUGGUGGACAAAUUCUUGUCUGAUCAAUAUAUUGGGAAGGAAAAAGUGUAGUAUAGCAUGACCCUUAUUUAUAUUGUAAGGUCAAAGUCACAGUGACACUGUGUAAUUUUUUUUUCUAAUCAGUAACUUUAGAAGGAAUGAAUAAACCUCAGUUUGGAAGAUGACCCUUGCUUAUUUUGAGGUAAUAAGGUCAAGGUUUGGAUGAUGACCCUGUUCAUUUUUGAGGUAAUAAGGUCAAGGUUUGGAAGAUGACCCUUUACAUUUCGAGGUAAUAAGGUCAAGGUUUGGAUGAUGAACCUGUUCAUUUCGAGGUAAUAAGGUCAAGGUUUGGAAGAUGACCCUGUUCAUUUCGAGGUAAUAAGGUCAAGGUUUGGAAGAUGACCCUGUUCAUUUCGAGGUAAUAAGGUCAAGGUUUGGAAGUUGACCCCUUUUUAUUUUGAAGUAAUAAGGUCAAGGUCAUAUUGACACUGUGUAUCAAUAACUGAAGUUUUUGUCAUUGGUUUCUGAAAUUGAUAAUUUAUAAAAAGAAAAUUCACACACUGCAUCAGCCUAAUGAUUAUAAGUUAUAAAAAGCUUGCCACUUCGGUGAUAAAGAUGAUGUCACCUGAUAUAAGUUACAAAUAACUUAUUUAAGGCCGAGUAGAAGAAAACACUUCAAGGUUGUGUGUGUGUAGUGGUUAGCAUGCCUGACUUGCAAUCCAGAGACCAUUGGUUCAAAUAAAUUUAUAUAUGAAAUUUACACCAAGUGAAGUGUACGUAAUAUGCCAUGAAGUAGGGGCAUCUGAGUGAGUGUCCUGUGGACAAAUUUCUAGCAAUAGUCUUGUGAAUGUUGUUAUUUAUGUAAAAUAUUAUAUCAAAAUUGUUAUCGAAUGAUUAUCUAAAUUGAUGAUUAUAAAUCUGAUAUUGUAGUAAAAAGUUGUAAACUUG